UAAGAAGAUCUGAUAUGGUUGGUUAAAGUUUAUUAACGCAGCACAAACCGACACAUAAUAUAGGCUACGUGUAAUUCAACUAUAAUACUUACCAUAACUUUAGAUAGUUUUUCAUGUACUAUUUUAGUGUCAAGAGACUAAUAGAUAAAGCAUUUAAAUUCUGGAUUUAUCAUUUAAAUACGUACCGACUGCUAUACAAUAAGGAUAUAUAAUUUAAGAAUAUUAAUACACAGUGCAGAACACUGUGCCUGGAUUGUAGGAAAGCAAAGCAGCUUUAAACUGCCAGAUAAUAAAUGGACUUUGGUACUGUUCCCUCAACCAAGGCAACACAUAUCUGGAGCUUCCUGGACUAUAUCUUCCAAAACACGAACAAAUCGAGGCGUCCUAAACUUUGAGACAUAUUUUGAUAUUAAAUUAAUUUCAUUUUAAUGCACAUUUCGAUGGUUUGAAGUUCACAUUUACUGUUCGCUGAAUCCCCGGGUAAAAUGAUUGUAGAGUGAAAAUGAUUCAUAAGAAAUGGCAAAUAAUUAACACUAUAGUUCCGAUGAUUUUCUUAAAACACUUGAAGGCUUUCAGAGAGGCUCCACCUUUUCGAGCGGUUCGGUGACCUCAGCAGUGGGCUGGAUUGUAAGGGUGGGAUUUCCAGGCUUUCAGAGAGCUUUAUGUAUUCCUGCCUCUCCGUCUUAGGAUCUAUGCGGCUUCAACGACAGCAUAGACGCGCUGGUUGUGCCUUUCAUAGCCACAGAAAGGCCUGUUUAUUGAACACUGCUUCUUUUCUCUACAUGCGACUCCAAUCGGAAUAAAUACACUGAGGAAUGUGGAAAUUACAGAAUGCCCAACAGCGCUGGAAAGAGAUUUAAACCCACCAAAUACAUCCCAGUGUCCACUGCUGCCACGCUCCUGGUGGGAUCGACCACUUUAUUUUUCGUUUUCACGUGCCCCUGGUUGACAAAGGUCAUCUCUCCCGCUGUGCCUCUCUACAAUGGCCUGGUCUUCCUCUUUGUCUUGGCCAACUUCAGCAUGGCAACCUUCAUGGACCCUGGUGUUUACCCCAGAGCGGACGAGGACGAGGACAAAGACGAUGAUUUCCGAGCGCCGCUCUACAAGAAUGUGGAGAUCAAGGGCAUUCAGGUUCGGAUGAAGUGGUGCGCCACCUGUCACUUCUACAGGCCACCUCGCUGCUCACACUGCAGUGUGUGUGACAACUGUGUGGAGGACUUCGACCACCACUGUCCCUGGGUGAACAACUGUAUUGGACGGAGAAACUACCGCUACUUCUUCCUCUUUCUGCUGUCAUUGAGCAUCCACAUGGUGGGAGUUUUUUCCUUUGGCCUCAUCUUUGUCCUCCAUCACAGAGAGAGGCUGGGUGCACUGCACACCACUGUCACUCUGGUGGUGAUGUGUAUAGCAGGGCUUUUCUUUAUUCCAGUCAUGGGACUCACAGGUUUCCAUAUGGUGCUUGUCGCUCGAGGUCGAACAACCAAUCCGCAGGUGACAGGCAAAUUUCGUGGAGGAGUAAAUCCCUUUACCAAGGGUUGCUGUGGCAACAUGGAGUAUGUCUUAUGUAGUCCCCUGGCACCUAGAUACAUACUGGACCCCAGGAAAAAGCCCCACACCAAUAUCCAGCCCCCUUUCAUCAGACCAGACCUCUCAGACAGACAAAUCACCAUCAGGGUGAGCGACAAUGGCAUCCACGGCACCAUCGUCAGCUCCAGGUCCAAAAGCAGCCUGGACGGCCUGGAUGACAAGGAAACCCAGCCACCACUUCCGCCCAAAGCCGAAAGGUACAACCAGCUGAAAAGCCAACUGACCUCCAGUGAAGAGAGUUCUCUUUCAGGUAAAACACACCCUUCCACUCCAGCCAUGUACAAAUUCAGGCCGUCCUUCGGCACCAUGCCCAAAGUCCACUACCACACUGCUGGAGAGAAGAUUGUCAUGCCAGAUGACCAGAAGAAUCCGGCCAUCCUGGAAGAGGGUGUCCGUGGUCAUGACUACAGAUCUGAGCCAAAUCUGGACAUGCCCGAGUACACCAAUGCUCCCCUCCACCGUACCUUCCAGUCCUCUCCCCUCCAGCUGGACUCCGACCCCAUCAACUCUCGCUCUCUCAGCCUGAACAAUGGCAGCCUGUCUUAUGACAGCCUCCUCAACCCCAGCACCUCCCCUGCCACUGCCAGUGAAUGCAUGGCUCAUCGUAGCGGGCCCUCCAUGGGGUUCCACUCACCCUACCUGCCCGCCAAAAUUAGUCACGUCCGGGAACCUGAAAUGCAGAGGCAGCAGGGCGCCCCCACUUACAGUCCAGUGAUGCCACAAAGGGGUGUUGGCAGGCAGUCCCCUCACCUUAGGGACAGGGACCCAUCUCCAGUGCGCUACGACAACCUCUCCCAGACCAUCAUGGCCUCCAUCCAGGAACGAAAGGAGAUGGAGGAGAGGGAGAAGCGGCAGAUGCUACAUGGGCGCUCUCAGACCCACAUUUAUGCCCAGGACUCUGGUGUGUUUGAUGGGGGCUUUGGCCUACCCCCCAGUGCUUGCUGUCCAGAUGGGUUUCGAGGCCCCGGCUCCAGAGGCCCAACCCCUCCAGCCUACGACGGCUCCAGGGACAACCUGAUGGGGGUUGGGCUGGUUAAUUAUGGACAAAGAACCCCUGUGCUGUGCCAUGCAGGCAACACGGUGAGCCGUGCUACCAGGACUUCAUCCACUUCCCUGCACACAGAUCACAGUAGCACCAACAGCAGCCAGAGCAGGGCCACAGGCCCUGAGGGCCCCUAUCGUUCCCCGGCCCACCAGCCUCACUCCCCUGCUAUGCCCCGAUCCCCCUCCUACUCCCACCAGAAACUCUCCUACAUCCGUGAGAGGACAGAUUUGCCUCGCUUGGGGGGCCCAAGAGAGGCCAUGAAAGUUAAUGGGCAGAUGGACUGCCACCCCAGUGCCCAGGGUGCCACACUCAGCCCUAGCCGCCACAGUAACGUCAAAAAGGUGACUGGCGUAGGAGGCACCACAUAUGAGAUAUCAGUGUGAGCAGGGACACUGCCUCCCGCCUCCAAGGACAUUAGCCACCCUGCUACAAGGAGAUUCUCUCCUGUUAUUUUUGACAAGUGGAGAUAACAGCCAGUCAGGGGUAUGCAGCACUCACUGCUUUGGAGGUCUUCAAUCAGAACAUCUGUCUGUUCCUGUGUGGGUUUGUCUAAUCAAAUGCCCAUGUGUUUGUAUUGGAGGGGGGUGGUUGUCAGGUGACACCACUGCCGGCUGUACUGUAUGUGUGAGGAGUGUUUUGUCGUUAACUUUUUUGUGGCUCAUCGUCUUGAUCGUGAGUGUUGACCGUUCAACAGAUCGUCAGUGUUAUUCCUGUUGUCUCUCAGCUGUGGUCAUGAAACCUACGUUAUUCCAAAUAUCACAACAGAAACCUUGCUCCAGCAAAAGCUGAAGGCUGAGCAAAUAAACACUGACAUCUUUACUAUGGACUUCUGUGAGGAGACACUUAAUGUCCUUCCUGAGUCGGCUGACCUCCACAAGUUAAGGUGCUUCACAUUGACCUAUGCUGUUCAUGUCAUCUCCAGCAUAUGCGGCGGAAUUGUACAGCUCUGAGAAGUGAUGGAGGACAGAUUAAGUUAGAUUAACUGCAAGUGCAGCAGGAAACGCAACACGAGUAAGAUGAGAAGCUAGUAAAGAGGAUAUCGGGGGGGGGAUCAUCCUAUCGUGUCUGGUGGUUGCAUUCCACAUUCAGUGAGAAAGGCUUGCUAUUAAUUACAAGUAAAACUAACUUCACCUUUUAUCAAAAUGAAUUUUCUCAGGAAUGAAUGCAAGCAGCAGAGAUGCUCGUUAUAAAAUCAUACAUUAUGAAUGUCUCAGAGCGAAUAUUUAGGGCUCGAGUAUAGCUUAGCCCCCUUUAUU